AUGACGUUCCCACUUUCGCUGUCAAGCGGCUCGGUCGGUUCAGCAAUACUACUUGGCCUUUUCAUCUACGCGCUCACCACAGGACUCGACCAUGUUUUCGAGCCUUCGGUAGCCACUCCUCUACGCUGGAUAUUGUUCGCAGCAGUGCUCUUAGAGAUGCUGGGCGACCUCAUCUUGAUCAACGCACAUGUUCAUCUCGCUCUAGGCGGAUGGCCGACGCGACGAUACGGAAGAUUGCCCUCGAAGGACCAGAUCAUCGGAUCACUUGCGCCCUACCUGGAAGCAGUAGCCAAGGAUGACAUAUGCGCAUUCUGCAGAGGCCCUUACGAAGAUCCUCUCGAGCUACCGUGCAAUCAUCUGUACUGCAAGGACUGUGUCAAGACUCUGAUCGAGUAUGGGCAUAACAAGUGUGGUCUCUGCUACCAGGAAUUCUACGGUCCUGCCGGACCUGUGCUUUCAGCAACGGCGAGGAGCAAGCGCACCGAGGCCAAAUCCGAACUACUCUGGGACCUGAUGCUCUGGUUGAUGCAUGCAAUCUGCCUCCUGUUGAUUGUGAUGUACUGGACUAGCAUCCACGCCAUUCUCGACUCCAAGUCCUGGGAGCUUGUGGCAGCUGGUCAUCUCACCCUUGCGAUGCUCACCACAGCGUACCUGAUACAGGUCAUGCUCUUCGCAGAGAUAUUAGACUGUAUUUCGAACUUCCGAGAAGAUUGGUGGAGAGAGAUUCACAAGUGCAGACGCUGGAGAGCAUGGUAUUGGGUAUUGGACUGCGUCGCUGUGGUUGCAGUGGCUUUGGUUGUAGCCAAGCUGCUGUGGAAAUGA